AUGAAUGAGGCUCUCCCUGCUUACAUCCUCCCACUGAGUGAGGGGCCUGGGGAAUGGCUGACUCUGGACUCUCAGGUCAUCAUGGCCGACAACGAGAUCUGCGGAACCAAAGACCCCACCUUCCACCGGGUGCUGCUGGACACGCGCUUCGAGCUGCCGCUAGACAUCCCAGAGGAUGAGGCUCGAUACUGGGCUAAAAAACUAGAGCAACUCAACGCCAUGAGGGACCAGGAUGUUGAACUGGAGCGGCCACUACCAGUGCCUGCGACACAAUGCUGUAACUGGAGCCUAUGGGGAGACCAGCAGAAUGAGGAUCAAGACAGUGCGGUGGACGACCGUGACAGCGACUACCGCAGUGAGACCAGCAACAGCAUCCCGCCGCCGUUCUACAGCACGUCCCAGCCCAACGCCUCCGUGCACCAGUACCCCAUGGGUCACACGCACCGCAGCUCUGCCACGCGCUCCGCCGACGGCUGCGACCCGGACUACGACCAACAAAGGGGCAUCAGCCCCACUGGGAGCUACGCCUCCUCUGCGGAGUUGAGCCGCUGCAGCUCUCAGCUGAGCGAGGAGUUUGUAGGAGAGUACGGCGAGCGGGAGAUCUACGACGAGAACGACUCCUACCACUCCUGUCACUCGUCCGUCAGCUACAGCAAGGGCUCGCCCGACUGGGACCCCGACGAGACGCACGCCGCCUACUCCGACGAGGGCGGCUACAGCAAAGAUGGCGGCGAGGAAGGGGCCCUGUACGAGGAGGACGCCGACCUCUAUGGCCAGGACGACCCCUACGAGGGAGAGGAGGAGGACAUCAUCUACGACGAGGACCUGGACUACCCACUGGACGGCACGCUCAGCGAGGACCAGGAGGCGCCGUACACGCCCACGCCCACCAGCGUCACAGGCAAGCCGCUGGACGUGCCCCCUGGUAGCAACGCCAACAUCGCCACCUCCGCCAGGCCCCCGCUGGAGAAGCAGGCCUCGAUGCACGAUCCCCACCCUCCACAGGGACCGCACGCCCCAGGACAGCCCCCCACGCAACCCCCCACCCAGGCCCAGAACCAAGCACAGGGCCAGCCCCCAGCCCAGGGCCAACCCGGACCACCCCGUACCGCCCAACCGCAGCAGCCCAUCAAGCCCCCUACACAGGCUGCACCACCCCCACAGCCGGCCUCCAUGGGACCGAUUCCCUCCGUACAGUCCUUCUUCGCCAUGGCUGCCCCCUGGCCGGGGUGUUUGGUCUUAGCAUGUCCUCCAGUCCACCCCAGCCCCCCAGCACCCACACCCAAACCAGCAGCUCCAGCCCCAGCCUCCCAGCCCCAGCCCUCAGCCCCGCAGCAGCCUCCCUCCGUCGCUAAUGCUGGACCAUCUGCUCAGACUAACGCAGCUCCUGGCACCGCUGGUGCUCCUGGUGCUCCCCCUAGUGGUCAGAUCAAACCCACAGACUCGACAGGUCAGCUGGCUCCAGCCCAGGGCCCCCCAGCUGGCCAAGGUCCUGUGGGACCCACAGCAGCAGGUAAACCCAUCACCCCUCCCUCUGAGGAAGCCCAGUACAUAGAGGAGCCCCCCCUGACUGAAGAGCCCCCCCUCACAGAUGAGCUGCCACCUCUGGAGGACGAGGAGUACCCACCGGAGCUGAGGGAAACCCCCCCUCGAUCCCCUCCUGCAGACGGCGAGCCUGAACCACAACCAGAGCCAGAGAGUGAGCAGGGGCUGGAGGAGGAGCCUCUGAAGCCCGUGGACCCUGCUGUCCGGGCUAAAAUGAACUGGCUAAGGCUCUUCAACCAGGUCCGCCAGCAGCUGCGGGAGGCCCGUGGAGAAAGUGGAACUCAGUCCCUGUGGUUUAAAGGGGGAAUGAUGGGAGGGGCCUUGUACAGUAUUGACAGCAUGCCUGACCUGCGCAAGAGGAAGGCCGUCCCGCUGGUCCGAGAUCUGGCGAUGGCGAUGUCUCUGGUCCAGAACUCUCGCAAAGCAGGCAUCACCUCGGCCAUGGCCUCCACCACCCUAAACAACGAGGAUCUGAAGAUCCACGUGUACAAGAAGACGCUGCAGGCCCUCAUCUACCCCAUCUCCUGCACCACGCCGCACAACUUCGAGGUGUGGACCGCCACCACGCCCACCUACUGCUACGAGUGCGAGGGCCUGCUGUGGGGCAUCGCCCGCCAGGGCAUGCGCUGCUCCGAGUGUGGGGUCAAAUGUCACGACAAGUGCCAGGACCUGCUCAACGCCGACUGCCUACAGAGGGCCGCAGAGAAGAGUUCUAAACACGGGGCCGAGGACCGGACGCUGAACAUCAUCACGGUUCUAAAGGACCGCAUGAAGAUCCGCGAGCGGAACAAGCCGGAGAUCUUUGAGCUGAUCCAGGAGGUGUUCCUGAUAGAGAAGGGAAUCCACGGAACGCAGAUGAAAACGACCAAACAGAGCGUGCUCGACGGAACCUCAAAGUGGUCCGCCAAAAUCAGCAUCACAGUGGCGUGUGCACAGGGCCUCCAGGCGAAGGAUAAGACAGGCUCCAGUGAUCCCUAUGUGACCGUGCAGGUGGGAAAGACCAAGAAGAGAACCAAGACCAUCUAUGGCAACCUCAACCCAGUGUGGGACGAGAGCUUUCACUUUGAGUGUCAUAACUCAUCAGACCGCAUUAAGGUGCGUGUGUGGGACGAGGAUGAUGACAUCAAGUCGCGGGUGAAACAGCGCUUUAAGAGAGAGUCGGACGACUUCCUGGGUCAGACCAUCAUCGAGGUGCGCACCCUCAGUGGAGAGAUGGACGUCUGGUAUAACCUGGAUAAGCGUACUGAUAAGUCGGCUGUGUCUGGAGCCAUCCGGAUGCACAUCAGUGUGGAGAUCAAAGGAGAAGAGACAGUGGCCCCCUACCACGUGCAGUAUACAUGUCUACAUGAGCACCUGUUCCAGUACAUGACGGAGUUGAAGAACGCUGGAGCGGUGAUCAUCCCUGACGCCAAGGGGGACGACGCUUGGAAGGUGUACUACGACGAGACGGCGCAGGAGAUCGUGGACGAGUUCGCCAUGCGCUACGGUGUAGAGUCCAUCUACCAGGCCAUGACGCACUUUGCUUGCCUGUCGUCUAAGUACAUGUGCCCAGGCGUCCCCGCGGUGAUGAGCACCCUGCUGGCCAACAUCAACGCCUACUACGCCCACACCACCCAGUCCACCAACAACGUCUCCGCCUCCGACCGCUUCGCAGCGUCCAACUUCGGGAAAGAGAGGUUUGUGAAGCUGCUGGACCAGCUGCACAACUCCCUCAGGAUUGACCUCUCCAUGUACAGGAAUAAUUUCCCAGCCAGUAGUCCAGAGAGACUGCAGGACCUGAAGUCCACAGUGGACCUGCUGACCAGCAUCACGUUCUUCAGGAUGAAGGUCCAGGAGCUGCAGAGCCCCCCCAGAGCCAGUCAGGUGGUGAAGGACUGUGUGAAGGCCUGCCUCAACUCCACCUACGAGUACAUCUUCAACAACUGCCACGAGCUCUACAGCCGCGAGUACCAGGCCGACCCGUCUAAGUCGGUUGCUCCUGACGAACAGGGCCCCAGCGUCAAGAACCUGGACUUCUGGUCCAAACUCAUCACCCUCAUCGUGUCCAUCAUCGAGGAGGACAAGAAUUCAUACACACCAUGUCUCAACCAGUUCCCUCAGGAGCUGAACGUGGGGAAGAUAAGUGCUGAGGUGAUGUGGAACAUGUUCGCCCAGGACAUGAAGUACGCCAUGGAGGAUCAUGAGAAGAAUCGUCUGUGUAAGAGUGCUGACUAUAUGAACUUGCACUUUAAAGUCAAGUGGCUGUACAACGAGUACUGCAAGGAGCUGAGCACCUUCCAGAAACAAGUGCCAGACUAUCCUGCGUGGUUUGAGCCGUUCGUCAUCAUGUGGUUGGAUGAGAAUGAGGAAGUGUCCAGAGACUUCCUCCAUGGGGCCCUAGUGAGGGACCAGAAAGAUGGAUUCCAGCAGACGUCUGAGCAUGCUCUGUUCUCGUGCUCGGUGGUGGACGUGUUCUCCCAGCUCAACCAGAGCUUUGAGAUCAUACGCAAGCUGGAGUGCCCCGACCCGCAGAUCGUAGGGAGCUACAUGAAAAGAUUCGCCAAGACAAUUGGCAAUGUCCUUGUAUCCUAUGCUGACAUCAUCACCAAGGACUUCCCUAAUCACUGUGCCAAGGAGAUAGUGCCUUGCAUCAUCAUCAAUAACAUCCAGCAGCUCCGAGUUCAACUGGAGAAGAUGUUUGAGGCCAUGGGAGGAAAAGGCCUGAACAUGGAGGCCAGUGAUUACAUGAAGGAGCUGCAGGUGAAGUUGAAUAAUGUGAUGGAUGACCUCAGCCGAGUGUUUGCUGUCAGUUUCCAGCCCCACAUCGAGGAGAAGGUGCGUGAGAUGGGAGACAUCUUGAGCCAGGUGAAGGGCACCAACGUCCCUGCUAACGGCAACAUCGCCGGGGACGCCGACAACGUCCUCCAGCCAAUCAUGGACUUCCUGGACGUCAAUCUGUCUCUGUUUGCCAAGAUCUGUGAGAAGACGGUGUUGAAGAGAGUACUGAAGGAGCUCUGGAAGCUGGUUAUGAACACCAUGGAGAAAACCGUCGUGCUGCCACAACUCACUGACCAAACGAUGAUUGGCACACAGCUCAUCUUCAACGCCGCCAAGGAGCUGGGUCAGCUGUCCAAACUCAAGGAGCACAUGGGUCGAGAGGAGGCCAAAGCACUGACACCCAAACAGUGUGCGGUCAUCGAGCUCGCCCUGGACACCAUCAAGCAAUACUUCCAUGCGGGUGGCGUGGGCCUGAAGAAGACCUUCCUGGAGAAGAGUCCUGACCUGCAGUCUCUGCGCUACGCUCUGUCCCUCUACACACAGGCCACAGACAAACUCAUCCGCAAGUUCAUCCAGUCCCAGCACACUCAGGUCCACGGAGGGAAAGGUAUCAGGUACACGGCCAAUGAGGAGACUUUGCCAGAGAAAGCCUCAGGGGUGGAGGAGCUGGUUGGAGAAGUCUGUAUGCACGUAGAGCUCCUCACCGACCCAGGAAACGGAGCCAACAAGAUCAACAUCAAAGUGGCGUCAGCCAAUGACCUGCGCUGGCAGACCCAGGGCGUGUUCCGCCCGUUCGUGGAGGUGUACAUCAUUGGUCCACACCUCAGCGACAAGAAGCGCAAAUUUGCCACCAAGUCCAAGAACAACAGCUGGUCGCCUAAGUUCGCUGAAAGCUACCAGUUUGCUCUGAGCACUGAGCUGGGCCCUGAGGGCUAUGAGAUGCAGGUGGCGGUGAAGGACUACUGCUUUGCGCGUGAGGACCGCACGGUGGGGCUGAGCGUGCUGCAGCUGAGGGAGAUGGCGUCGCGCGGCAGCGCCACCUGCUGGCUGCCGCUGGGCAAGCGCCUGCACAUGGACGAGACGGGCCUGACCGUGCUGCGCAUCCUCUCCCAGCGCAACAACGACGAGGUCGCCAAGGAGUUCGUCAAGCUCAAGUCCGACCAGCGCUCCGCAGAAGAGGGACGCGCUAGCUAAGGGCCACCGUUAAUAUGGCACAAGAAACCCAGCCACGCCCCUCACUCAAAGGACUGUGCAAUGACCUUUGACCUUUCUUGAUGCCGCCCCCGAUUCCCUGAACCUCUCACCCCCGAUUCCACACCAUUUGGUUCUGAUGAAGUCCGGGUGGGACAGGGCAAGAGGGGUCAAAAGGUCAUAGCUGCUUCUGGGUACCCCUUGGGGGUGCCCCUAGCAACAUCUGAGAAAUAUGUGCAAUACACACACAC